AAUAUUUAGAUAAUAAAUACCAUUACAAGGAGGACUUCCAGGCAAUUUAUGUGUACAUCUGCCAAGAUGAUAGUCAUGUUCAUUUUCGCGGCAUUUAUGCCUUUUGCUUUAGCUUUCCCCUCUCGGCAAAAUAGAUCGAAACCAGCAGAGCCUUCUACUAGAAUUUCAGGAGGGUACUCUACAACAAUUUACGAUAUUCCUUAUAUUGUACAAGUAAACGAGGGUUAUCCAAUGUGCGGUGGGUCAAUCAUUUCAAGAUUUUGGGUGAUUACUGCAGGCCACUGCUUAGAUGGAUCGCUUGCAGAAAGAGUAACUAUCCGAGCGGGAACAGACCAACUUGGAGUAGGUGGUGUGGAGAUACAGGCCUCAUCUUUAUAUAUUCAUCCCAAGUUUGAUCUCGAUGCCGUUGAUUAUGACAUAGGUUUAAUCAGACUUGCGUCACCACUUUUUUUUGGUCCGACAAUAUCUGCAAUUUCUCUUGCGGAAGAGAAAGUUCCUGUCGGAACACCGGCUGUCGUUUCCGGUUGGGGAUUUUUGGCAGGUGGUGGUAACAACACCAACCCAACACAAUUACACAGAGUUACGAUACCAGUUGUGAGCGACAACGAAUGUCCUGAUUAUACUGAAAGAAGGAUAUGUGCAGGAUACCCGGAUGGAAUUGAAAGUCCUUGUUUUGGCGAUUCUGGGGGUCCUUUGGCUGUAGGAAAUACCCUCAUUGGUAUUACAUCGACUGGCGAAGAUUGUAUUGGAUUAUCCAUUUUCUCCAACGUUGCCAAUCUUCAUAACUGGAUAUCAUCAGUGACGUCAAUUUAACACACCUACAAUGCUAAAAAUCUAAAUUUUCUAAAUAGAGAAUAUAUUUUAAACAAUAGCUUUUACUCAUCAUGUAAAUAUAUAUGAUUAUACAAAAAAUAAAAAAAGUAAUACGUUUUAAU